CUCGGUCUCAGCUGGCUCCCUGGAAGAAAUUAGUCCUUCUUCCAUUUCCCUCAGCAAAGACACACACACACAGAGAGAGAGAGAGAGAGAGAGAGAGAGAGAGAGAGAGAGAGAGCGUGAGCUUCUUCUAUUACCUAUUACAUCCUAAUAAAGGAAAGACACAAAAAUAAGCUCUAUAAUGCAAAAAAAGAUCAAGGAGGUUUCUGUAAAGUUGUAAAAGAAUUAAAAGUUGGAGGGGUUCAUACAGCUGAAAGCCAUUUCAGCCUCACGCAGGCACACGUGGGACAUCUCGCCGUGUGACAGGAUCUGGAAACCAAGCCGCACCCCAUCACAAGGGCUGAUUGUCACGGCCCACAGCCCUCGUGGCUUCCGUGCGUGCACACCUCCCAUUAGUGCACCUGCUCAAUCUCAACACUUCUCAAGCAGCACAGGAAACUUUACCAAAGUCUUGGACUCUGGGACAUCUCGAGUUCACCAUUACUGAUUAAGAUUCUCCUCUCAUUUCUUCACCUUAGAAAGAAACUAGAAACCACACCAUCCUCUCUGGCUUCCUGCUCCUGGGCUUCUCCGAGCACCCACAGCAGCGGCCUCUUCUCUUGGGGCUCUUCCUAGUCAUGUACCUGGUCACUGUGCUGGGAAACCUGCUCAUCAUCCUGGCCAUUGGCUCGCACCCUCACCUCCACACCCCCAUGUACUUCUUCCUGGCCAACCUCUCCUUCGUCGAUACCUGCUUCACCUGCACCAUUGUCCCCAAGGGGCUGGUGGACAUCCACACGCAGGAUCACAGCAUCUCCUACACUGGGUGCCUCAUUCAGAUGUACUUCUUCAUGGUGUGGGCCCUGCUGGAUGACUUCCUGCUGGCCGUGAUGGCUUACGACCGCUACGUGGCCAUCUGCCUUCCUCUCCACUACACCACGGUCAUGGGUCCCCGUCGCUGCCUGCUGCUGGUGGCCGCAUCCUGGCUCUGCUCCAACAUGCUGGCCUCUUCACUCACACUCCUGAUGGCUCACAUCUCCUUCUGUGCCUCUCAUUCCAUCCCACACUUCUUCUGUGACGUCCUCCCACUCCUCAAGCUGGCCUGUUCGGACACCCAGACCUUUCACAUCAUCAUGUUCUCUGAAGCUGCCCUCUCAGGCGUGGUCCCUCUCACCUGUGUCCUGCUCUCCUAUGCCCACAUCGUGCACACAGUCCUCAGGAUCCCCUCUGCUGGAGGGAAGCACAAAGUCUUCUCCACCUGCAGCUCCCACCUGACAGUGGUCACUCUCUUCUACGGAACAGUCUUCCUGGUGUAUUUCCAGCCCUCGUCCUCCUACUCAGCAGGCACUGGAAUGGUGGCAUCCGUGGUGUACACAGUGGUCACCCCCAUGCUGAAUCCCUUUAUCUACAGCCUGAGGAACAAGGAUAUGAAGCAGGCUUUGGGGAGACUCCUUGGUUUGAGAAAAAUGCUCUUCUUGGUAAGGACACAUCCCUGGGCUCUGUGAAUGCCCUUCUAAAUGGAUUUCUUCAUUACAAUUUUAGAGGAGCUCAGAUUCAAGGCUGAAUGGAUGCUCAGUAUUAUAAGCAGGUUUAACCAAGUGAAGUGUGUCUGACUUGGCAGGACUGGA